CGCCGCGGCCCGCUCCUCCUCGCCGCCGCCGCCGCCGCCGCGGCGGGCGCCGUGGCGGCUGCGCUCCCCUCCGGAGAAGGCCGCGGCGCAGCCCCCUCCGUGCUCCACGCCGUCGCCCGCUCCUCCCGCGCCGUCUACACGAUUGGCUUCGUGGUAGUGGACUACAAGUACUCGCUCCGUGGGCUGGCUCAUGGGUCGGCGGAUUACCGGGAUAAGCUCUCCGAGGUUUGUAUGGUUGCGCUGGCGGUUUGCGGAUUGCACGCGUAAGCUGGUUAAUGGCGAUGGAAAACUGAUUGUGGGAAGAAGGAUUUAUUUUGAUACAUGUGACCAUGUGACCUAUUGCUCCUGGCCUCCUAACACUGUUUCAGUUGGCAAAGGAAGAACGGAUAUGAGGAACUUUGGGGAUAGGAGAAGCUGUCUCACAAUUUCUUUUUUUUUUCCUGUUCAUUUGCGUUCAGCAAAAAAGAUACUCAAACUAUGUGAAGCGAACAGAGGGUUUUAUGUAAAGGCUGGUCAAUUUGUUUCGUCAAUAAGACAAGUACCAAAAGAAUACUCAUCAACACUCUCUUGUCUGCAAGAUCAGGCAACUCCAUGCAACUUUCAAGAUAUCAAAAUAGUGAUAGAGCAGAAACUUGGCAAGGAUUUACAUAGCAUAUUCCUGGAAUUUGAUGAACAUCCGAUUGCUGCUGCAUCAAUUGCUCAGGUUCAUCGAGGUCGGUUGAAUAAUAAUCAGGAAGUAGCUGUGAAGGUUCAAUAUCCUGGGCUUGAGCGGCGCAUGAAGAUAGACAUAAUGACUAUGUCUUUCUUGUCAAAAUCUCUCUCUUGGAUUUUUCCUGAUUAUAGGUUUGAGAAGUUAUUGACUGAGUUUGAGAGAACCAUGUCAAUGGAACUAGAUUUUAUCCAAGAGGCUAAGAAUUCUGAGAGAACAGCUAGCUGCUUCAGGAAAAAUAAUGUUGUCAAAGUACCUUGCGUGUUUUGGGAACUAACAAGCAAGGAGGUUUUGACAAUGGAAUUUUGUUCUGGCUACAAGGUUGAUAACUUGAACUCCCUAAGGAAAGCAGAUAUCAGUCCAACAAAGGUAGCUAAAGCAUUAAUUGAACUGUUUGGCGAAAUGAUUUUUGUACAUGGUUUUGUUCAUGGCGAUCCUCAUCCUGGAAAUAUAUUAGUUUCUCCUCAAGGCCAAGGGAAAUUUUCAUUAGUGCUGCUUGAUCAUGGAAUUUAUAAAGAAUUAGACCAAAAGUUCAGAUUGGACUAUUGUCAGCUGUGGAAAGCGUUGAUAUUGUUGGAUUCUCAAAAAAUUCUGGAGUUAGGUGAACACUUUGGUGUUGGCAAAUAUGCUAAGUACUUUCCCGUAAUAUUCACUGGGAGGACUAUCGAAAGCAAAUCAAUUCUUGGAACACAAAUGUCUAUUGAAGAGAAAACGCGUUUAAAGCAGGACCUGAACUCUCUGGGAAUGGAUGAUAUAUCUUCGUUUAUGGAGUCCUUGCCUCCUGACUUUCUCACCAUACUUCGAACAGAUGGACUACUGAGGUCAAUUUUAGGUAAUCUAGGUGCACCACGCCAUGUGCGACUUCUUACCUAUGCAAAAUGCGCUUUGUACGGCCUUGAAGAACAGCCCAAAUCACAGUCAGGCUCAAUCAAGCGUACAUUCUUGCAAGUCAAAAUAAACAUUAGCUAUCUUCGUCUGAGGAUACUUAUCGAAUUAGCAGGGUUUUUAAUGCAAAUUAAUGAUCUUAGGCAUAAGAUCAUGAGCAGAUUCAGACGUAUCCUCCAGAACACUAGCUGAGCUUUCUCUUCUGAUGUUACAGACCUCUUAACUCUUAAGUAAUGUUCAAGUCGACCGAACAGGACAGGAAAGAGCCCAUCGAUACUUAAGCAUUUCUAGGGUAUAGUUUUAGCUACAUCAAUCAAACUGUACAGCUAAAACUUAGAACCUUGGAUCCUGAUGCUGAUGAAUUGUAAUCACACCUCAAUUAUAUGUAAACACAAAAUUUGGGCUCCGACUAAUACUGAUUUGCUAUGAAUGAAAUCUUCAGUUUCAUGACAA